UGAUGCCACAUUCUAUAACAAGAUGGUGAUGCAAAGACUAGCUCAUUCCCUGAGCCCAUGAUGGGGGAGGCCCUUCCAAGCCCAAAGAUGGGGAACAUCACCACAGACAACUCCUCAGUCACCUGUGCCAUUGACCACACCAUCCACCAGACGCUGGCCCCGGUGGUCUACGUCACAGUGCUGGUGGUGGGCUUCCCAGCCAACUGCCUGUCCCUCUACUUCGGCUACCUGCAGAUCAAGGCCCGGAACGAGCUGGGUGUGUAUCUGUGCAACCUGACGGUGGCAGACCUCUUCUACAUCUGCUCACUGCCCUUCUGGCUGCAGUACGUGCUGCAGCAUGACGACUGGCCGCACAGCGACCUGUCCUGCCAGGUGUGCGGCAUCCUCCUCUACGAGAACAUCUACAUCAGCGUGGGCUUCCUCUGCUGCAUCUCCAUUGACCGCUACCUGGCCGUGGCCCACCCCUUCCGCUUCCACCAGUUCCGCACGCUGAAGGCGGCCGUCGGCGUCAGCGUGGUCAUCUGGGUGAAGGAGCUGCUGACCAGCAUCUACUUCCUCAUGCACAAGGAGGUCAUCGUGGACGAGGACCGGCACCGCGUCUGCUUCGAGCACUACCCCAUCCAGGCCUGGCAGCGCGGCAUCAACUACUACCGCUUCCUGGUAGGCUUCUUCUUCCCCAUCUGCCUGCUGCUCGUCUCCUACCAGGGCAUCCUGAGGGCCGUGCGCCGGAGCCAUGGCACCCAGAAGAGCCGCAAGGACCAGAUCCAGCGGCUGGUGCUCAGCACCGUGGUCAUCUUCCUGGCCUGCUUCCUGCCCUACCACGUGCUGCUGCUCGUGCGCAGCCUGUGGGAGUCCAGCUGUGAGUUCGCCAAGGGCAUCUUCAACGCCUACCACUUCUCUCUCCUCCUCACCAGCUUGAACUGCGUGGCCGACCCUGUGCUGUACUGCUUCGUCAGCGAGACCACCCACAGGGACUUGGCUCGCCUCCGGGGGGCCUGCCUGGCCUUCCUCACCUGCUCCAGGACCGGCCGGGCCAGGGAGGCCUACCCACUGGGUGCCCCUGAGGUCUCUGGGAAGAGUGGCGUACAAGGCGAGGAGCCCGAGUUGUUAACUAAGCUACAUUCAGCAGCCUUCCAGAGCCCUGACUCACCGGGAAUGGGAGGAUCCCCCAAGGGUGGGUUGGCCUAGCCUGGGUCAGGACUUGUGGGGAUGUGUGAGGCCUGACACUCUGGCUGAUGGGCCUCAGGGUCCUAAGCUCGCUCGCCAGCUG